AUGGAGGGGGGGGAGAGUCGCCAGGCCCACAUGGGCCCAGGGAGUGGGUCGCAGGAACAUCCCGAAACGCAGGAACAUCUCGAAACGCAGGAGCAUCCCGAAACGCAGGAGCAUCCCGAAACGCAGGAACUUCCCGAAACGGAGGGAUCGAUUGCGCCGACUGCUGCGGUUCCCCCGCAAAGUGCUCAGGCACUCACCCCUGACCACCAGCAAAUCGUAGACGCGCUGUACGACACGUGGUCGAACGACCAGGAACGCAGAAAAGAGGCCGAGAGAGUCCUAAACGAAUACGAAAAGGAAGAGCAGUUCAUUCUCUACCUACUAGACAUAUGCUGCCUCACAGAGGUGCACAAUAAUGUGCGUAAGUUGGCUGUCAUUUACUCCAAAAAUUUGGUGAGUCGCUUCUGGAAUUGUAAGGAUCUUUUCCAUUUUAGUACCGAUAUAAAGAAAAUGGUCAAGGAGAAAAUUUUGGUUAUUCUAGCCAACCGGAGUACCGUGAGCUACUACUACAAGGAGUUCUCACUCCUUCUGAGGAAGGUGGCUAGAUAUGAGUUGGUGCAUAAUUUCCCCCAGCUGCUGCAGUUCUUCCUUCAGGAGUUGAGUACGCAUGGGGGGAACCCAAACAGCUUCGGCACCCCUGGCCCUUUCGACUGUCUCCCCACCGUGGACAGCCUGUCCAGCCUAUACACGUACAUGUACCUGCUGUACAAGGUGCUCCGGGAGCAGUACAGUAAGAAGCUGCUAAAAGAUAAGAAGGAAACCUACCUCAUUUCACAACAGUUUAUCGACUGCCUCUACCCCAUUUGGGAAAAUAUCUUGAACGUAUAUUUUCAGUGCAGCCUGAACGAGGCGUGUAUGUGUGGCAGUGAAGGGACGUGCAAUAAGUGCUUUGGGGAGUACAGCGCUGUGAUGGAGCUUGAGGGGAAGCUCACGUUCGAGCGGAAGGUGGAGCGCGCUCAGAAGGUGGCGUUCGAUCAGAAGCUGACGUCCGAGCAGAAGGUGGAGUGCGCUCAGAAGAUGACGCUCGCGCCGAAGAUGACGCCCGCGCCGGGUGUGAGUUGCGCCGAAUGGGUGCCCGUCGAGGGGGGCGGGUCCAGUGACGCGCAUUACGCGGGGGAAGCGUCCGCAGGGGGAAGCGACGCCUACUGCUGCCGCUUUAACGCCGAAAGCGACAAAAAGGUGAGGAUCCUUAAAUUCGUGGACAGCGUUCUGCUUAACCUGAUUAUUAGUAGAGAUGACGUUCAGAGGGAGCGGGGGAGAAUCUACCCCUCGGGGGAGGGUCGCCUACAGGGUGGUCGCUUCCAUGAGGGUGGUCACCCCAAACCGGAUGAUCACUCCCAACCGGAUUAUCACCCCCAACAGGAUGGUCACUCCCAACCGGAUGGCCACCCCCAACCGAGUGAUCACCCCCAACCGGAUGGCCCCCCCCAACCGGAUGGAGAGUGCGCCCUGCGAAAGAAGACCUUCCUACAGUGCCUGGCCAAUAAAACUAUCUUCUACCUCAAGUUUGUGCGGAGGGAUUCACCGCUGUACUAUCUGAAAUAUUUGAAAUUCCUGCUGAGUAGCUUCCUUCACAUUAUUGAAUUUCAGAGUGCCUUACAUGAGUAUAUAAAAAAAGAUAUCACGGAGCAGUUUAUCUGCCUUUUCUUAAAGAAGCAUCUAAGUAAAGAUAUAUACAUAAACAGUGACUGCUACGAUGUCAAAUUUUUUGAUAUUAUUAAUACAUGUAUUGUAAUUCUAAGGAGUUUGUUCUACCAUUUCUGUCUAAGUCAAUACAACCUAAUCAAACAAAAAAAAGUGAGAGAGAAUUACCUAACAGUAAAAAGUAUGAUUAAUAAUCAAAGUACCUUUUGCGAUACGUUUACUGAAAAAACGGAUCUAGAAACAAAAAUUAUUAACACUGUUGUGGUGAAUAUUAACAACCUGGAGAGUGAAAACAAAAAAGGGAGAGUAAAUAAAAAUUAUACCUUUAGGGAUAUACUGACUUAUAUACGGGAGGAGGUAAAAUAUGCACUGACUAGUGACGAUUAUAUUUUAAUGCAUAAUCAGAAGGCUCUUGAAAUAUUCGAAUUUUUGAGAACGCAUUGUAUUAAUAUGUCUACUGAACAAAUUAUGGAUAUCGUGCUGAACGUUAAGGACAAGGAUGGACAUGUAGUGGAAGAAAAUAUGUUCUACUCCUCUGCAAGAGAAUGUAUUAUCGAAAUCGCAUCUGAGCCUUUUUUGUUUUCAAUUUUUAGUCACUUUUUUGAGCCCUUAAUUAAUUCUCUACAUAAUUAUGUUCAUAUGAUUAAGUCCGUUCCGGACAAGUUGAAGGAUCUACAGGUUCCAGAAUUUUCUGAAUCCAUUAUUGAGUUGGAUGGAUACUUAAAUAUUUACUACUUGUUAUAUUCAUCUCUACAUAAAAAAAUAAAAGCAGAGCAUAUCCUUUGCAUGAUUCAGUUUUUCACUGACUAUUUGUCGAUUGAGUUUACUCACCCCUUAGUCAGUUACCGAAUUGCUUUAAUAUUAAAAGUGUGGAUUAAAAAUUACAAGGCUUCCUUUCCCUUCAUUGAUGAAGUGACUGUUCUCAUUUAUGAGAAUAUCCGUUUGCUGUACAUGCACUUAUCUCCCAAGUGUGUUGUGGGUUCUUUGCUUCGAACGAGACCCUCAUCAUCAUGUGGCUUGGGCGAGAGGGACGCUCCUCCCCCGGAAAACCACUACGCCGCUAUGUCGUUCAACUUCCUCCCUCUCGUCUGCUUCAAAUUUGUUUGCUUGUUUAACUACAUAUUUAAGUAUGAGUAUGUGUACGAGAACUACGACUUUAUUAACGAGAUUCUGAUCGCCUACCCAAAGAGCAUCCAAAAAAUCCUGCAGAUCCUCAGCCACAUCGUCUUCAUCAGCAACAAAGAAAAGGACAUAACCAUUUUUAAGGAUAAUUACAAUUUCCUUCUGGACCUCUACAAGAGCAGCAACCUUUCCAUAAAGGAAUACAUGCUUAACAUCCUCGUGCAGAUACUGAACAAGAAUUACGAGUUUGGCUGUGGCCUGAUGGAGUUCAUCCCCCAAGGAGGCCGAGGACGCCACGAAGUAGCUACCGGCUCUGCUAACAUAAACACUCGUGGUGAUGAAAACCACAGCCAGAGUGGCCCCCCCCACGGUUAUUACCCCCCCCAUGGGGGUGUUCCCAACAAAGGGGGCGAAGAUUACGUACUAUUUCACUUCAGCUUAGACGUAAUAGCAUAUACCAUACUGGGGAGGAAAGGUAUCGAUCAGGUUUCUCACCCAGGUGAAGGUAGACAGUACCUUCUGGACCUGCGCGCUCUCCCCCCGUGCGGAGGAGACAACUACUACUCCGUUCCGCAGCUAACCAACGAAGUAAAUUUGUAUGUAGACCAAACCAUUAGCGAUAGCUUCUACACCCUGUGGUUGUGCAAUUUGAAAAUCAUCUCUAAAUUAUUUUCCGCAAAGAAUGAGGAGAUAAUCAAGAGAGUGUGUUCUUUGUAUGUACGGACGGUCCACGUGAUAAGCGAGCACUUUAAGAGGAAGGCUUCAAAAGAGACGACGCACGAAAUGAGCAGCUCCUGCUUUGAUGUCCUCAUGGAAUACAUGUGUCUGUUCAUCCUUCACGAGACUCACACUUUUUACUUAACAUACGAAUCAGUCUCGACCAACGUGCUGACUAACGAAAUUUUGAAACCUCAAUUGCUAGCUAUUGUUAGAAAUAACUUUACCCUGGAUGAUGAAGGGAACACGGAGAGAUGCAUCUACCUUCUACACGUCUGCAUGGGGUUGUAUAAAAACAGACUGAAGGAUGACAUGCCCAUUCUUUACAUAUAUGUAACAAAUUUUGUGAUCAUAUAUUUACUGAAGGUGGUGUUGAAGUACAUGGAGAAGCUCUUCCCUGUGUAUACAUGCUUUGAGGGGUCUCCCAGGGGGGGUAGGAGCAGCGAGAGGGGAAGCGAAAGGGAAAGUGAAAAGGGUAGCACAGGGGCUCUGCACGGAGAGAGGGGCGGAGGGGAGAUACGUGGCGGAAGCCUCCUGCAGGGGGAGAGACACCGCGGAAGCCUCCUGCAGGGGGAGAAGCCCGCAGAGCUGCUCUCCCAAGCAGAGACACACGCAUCGAAGACGGAUAAGGAAGGUGCAACCCACCACAAAUGCAUGACGCAUAAUAAAAGGCAAACGAAGUACAUAUACGACAAUGUGGUGUCCUAUCAGCGUGAAGAAAUUUUCGAUACCCACUUUGGCAUCCUACAGAGUGAUUUGAAGCAACUUCUAGGGAUGGAAUACCUAAAGGACUACGACCUUGGAGAGGCUUUCAAAAAUUACAACUUCAACACAGUCAACGAGGAUAAUUAUCCCUAUGUGAACAAACACACGGUGCUUACACUGAUAGCUAUUUUAUCACUAGACGAAUCGAAUCUCCUCCAUUAUAUUUUAAUUUGUUUCCUAGUGUACUUUCGAAUUAAUGUGCCACUGUUCCUCUCCUCCAUCUUUUAUCAAGCCCAAUACAUACACAACAAGAGUGUCAUGAUGGCAUUCCUUCUGUUCAUUUAUGUACUCACAGAGAAUUACCUUUUUCGUGACUUUGUACCCUCCCUUGUUAGAUCCCAUUUACCAACCACCUGUAGUAGUAGCACCCCCUACCUGGAAGGACUCCUCUACGACAGGAACAAACAUGCUGAUUUGUUCGCCUGCACAAGGGAGGACAACACAUUUCUCAUCAUACAACUCCUUAAGCUGAUUAAUACAGUGCUGAACACGAGGAGGGAUAUUUAUAUUGAGAAGAAGAAUAUCCUGCACUUGAAUACCGUUUCGUCCAACUUGAGCGCAACGAAAAUGUAUCACUCCGCUGGCUACAACUGCGUCAUGCGCGGAGUGCUCAAGUACGACGACCUCCCGGGCGUGUGCAACAGAGCCCUCGAUAACGUCCUGACCUUCCUGCGGGACGUGAAGGACCUGGACGACGGGAACGCGACAAGCGCCAUUGUUAACUACUUGCGGGAAAACGUGGAGGGCAUGAACGUCGCCCUCGUCGACAUGUACAAGAAGUACUUGGGUUAUCAAUAG